CUUUAAAUUGUAACAAAACGUUAAUAAAAGCCAGUAAAGUUUAAUUGAUAAAAAGCUAUUGAUGUAGCGAUUGAACGAAUUUGAAAACAUCGAUUCAGUUCGGUCAGUCGAUUCUUUAACAAAGAACGAAUUGAUUCAUUGGUUAAACUUCGCCCUUCCCUACCUUCCAGUAUACAUAUUCUAAUCCUGAUGCAUACUUGAGUCGGCAUGUAACGUAGUGAAGUAAGUGGAAGUUAACGCAAAGUUGUUCGCAGUCCGCCUAGAGACUCACACAGAGGAGUGUUCGAAGCCCGAAGCGGAGUAAAUGUGCGGCAAGGAUGGAAUUGCCACGCAACAACAAUGAGCCGUAUCACGAAUCGCAGCUGCACGCGAUCGUGUAGUUCAAGAUUAACCAUAGAGACGGAAACGACAGAUUCGGCCGGCACGAACACAGUCUUGAGGCGUUGUCGCCUUAUUCUCUGACAGUCGUAGAAUAAAUAUUUUACAGCACACGAUCCGACAGAGUGUUCUUCUUCGUGGCAAGAAACUCAGGGGAAGAAACGUUGUAAUCGCACGAGGCCUUCUCACACCAAGUCUCUCGCAGGCUACCUACAACGUGUGCGAGCACGGCGAGCAUCGCCGACAUGAACCAGACGUGCGGAACCUAUCACGUCAAUCGUACAAACGGCCCUGUCAGCUGAUCAUUAUUAAACAACGAAAUGUGAGCAGCAGGUAUCCCCAUCGUCGAGCCACAAUCGUACAAUCAUACAUUACAGAUUCGAUUGUCGCGGCCUGAUUCCUCCGCAUACAUUAAGACUAAACGUAAACGUAACGCGAAGCGCGAUAGAGCGAGCAUUGGCUGGUAGUAGAAUUUACAUGGAAACAUGGGGAACAAAAAUAGUUGCUGUGUCUACUCUAGUCCACAAAGUGGACGCAAGGAACCAGGCUCCGAAGGUACUACUCGCAACCUGGAGGAACAUUUGCCUGAAGGUGGAAUUAGCAUUAAUAAUUUGCAACAUAUCAGUGAACGUGAGCCAGAAGACUGGGACUCAGAUCCGUCGUUGCAUCCUUGCGCAGGAACUAUUUUUAUGGAACGGUCAAAGCAAGCCAUAGAGAAUGGCAUGGUGAGGAAAAAGAGUCAACAUCAGAUAGCGGAUACAAGGCCUUUAAAGAAAAGUAGUAGCUGCAGUACAAUAUAUCUAGAUGACAGCACAGUCUCACAACCUAAUUUAAAAAAUACCGUCAAAUGCGUUGCCUUAGCUGUUUAUUACCAUAUUAAGAAUAGAACUUCGCAGCGACAGAUUGAUAUAUUUGACGAGAAACUCCAUCCAUUAACGAGAGAUGGUGUUUCAGAUGAUUAUGACAAACAUAAUCCAGAGCACAAACAAAUCUAUAAAUUUGUGAGAACUUUGUUUAAUGCCGCUCAGCUGACAGCUGAAUGUGCCAUUAUAACAUUGGUUUACUUAGAACGCCUACUUACUUAUGCAGAAAUAGAUAUAACACCAGCUAACUGGAAACGGAUAGUAUUAGGAGCUAUUUUAUUGGCAUCUAAAGUCUGGGAUGAUCAGGCAGUGUGGAACGUAGAUUAUUGUCAAAUACUGAAAGACAUCACUGUAGAAGACAUGAACGAAUUGGAGAGACAAUUUUUGGAAAUGUUGCAAUUCAACAUAAAUGUUCCUUCGAGUGUAUAUGCCAAAUAUUACUUCGAUCUUCGUACACUUGCGGAAGCAAACGAAUUAACAUUCCCUAGUGAACCUCUUAGUAAAGAAAAGGCGCAGAAAUUAGAAGCUAUGUCCAGAGUCUACGAGGAUAAAGUUACAGCCGUAGCUCUACGUACUGGUGUUAAAAAAUGGUCCAGUUUAGACAAUGUAUGCAUAGGCGGACCUAGACGUAGCAUCGCUAUUUUAUCUUAAACAUCUACGGAUAUAAGCAUAUACAAGGGUGUUCAUACCUGUUCUCAGUGUCUACAACUUUUUUUUUAAACACCCUGUAUAGGCAAAUGUAUGAUUACUAUUCAUAUUUUAAAUGGAAGUACACGUGGACUUUCGCGUAAAAACAUCAUUAUUACCGAAUAAUUUUUAAUCUCUUUCCUUAAAAAGGAAUUGUUUGGAUUGCCAAACACUUACGUUGCGCCUCUAUUUAAUUAAUAUGGAUUGAUAUUCGAUGUAUUAUAUACAUCACACAAAUAAUAGAGUCAUCUUAGGACCGCUGUUUUACAUAUUGUCCGAGCUAGAUGUUAAAAACAUUACAUAUACUACGUGGUGUAUUGCUAAGUUGUACCAUAACGAAGAACCUUCUACCACCGAUUUGGUUUACAACUGACUUAAAUUUACGCUAAAAUCAUAACAGGUAAUUAUACCUGUAGAUAUUAUAUCGAUUUGUUGUCACUUUUCAGUGAAUCACUCACUCUCAUUAUCCGCGUUAAGAAAGUAAAGAAUAUAUACGCUCUAACAGGAGAAAAUUCCAAAUUAAAUUCCCUUUUCAAUUAAAAAAAUUUCUAAUAGUUUGAUUAAACGUGUGUUACACUAAUUACAUAAAACUCGAGAUGUAUUAAUCUUAUCGGUCAAGCAGUAUUAAUAUAUCUCUAUAGCUUACAUAUGAAAGAUUCUGUCAGUCCGGGACCUUACGAUGCGAAUAUAAUUAUAAAACAUACGAAUGAAGUAUAUUAUCGAAGAAAAAAAGUUUUAGUCCCUUAGCAUUAUCUGUGUAUUGUCCUCUUAUAUGAAAGAGAAAAUAACUUGUGAUAUAUAUUAGUCAACUAUUCAUUAUCCAAAGCAUUUUAUAUAUUGACUGAAUCUAUUAAGAAUCAAAGUUACGGCUGAUUUACUAAUAACAUUCUAAACAAGCGAAAAUAUGCAGCAUGCUUCGAAUAAAAUUAUCGUUAUUCGUCAUAACAUAUACGUAACUUACUACAAGAUACUCCAAUUAAAAAUUUGCAAAGCG